UGGCCCUAUGGCCACCGCCGCCUCCUACGCUUCUCCUCCCAGAUCCACAACCUGGGAAGAGCCGAUUUCCGCCCCAGGAUGGGGCGGCACGCCUGGACCUGGCACCAGUGCCACCGGCACUUCCACAGCAUCGAGGUCUUCACCCACUACGACCUGAUGACACUCAAUGGCUCUAAGGUGGCUGAGGGGCAUAAGGCCAGUUUUUGCCUGGAGGACACCAACUGCCCUGAGGGGCUGCAGCGACGCUUUGCCUGUGCCAACUUUGGGGAGCAGGGGGUGAGUGUGGGGUGCUGGGACACCUACCGCCAUGAUAUUGACUGCCAAUGGAUCGACAUCACCGACGUGCCACCAGGCAGCUACACCUUCCAGGUGGUUGUGAAUCCCAAGCAUGAGGUGGCUGAGUCAGACUUCUCCAACAACGUGAUGCGGUGCCAGUGCAAGUAUGAUGGGCAGCGCAUCUGGAUGCAUGGCUGCCACACAAGUGAUGCCUACAAUGCUGACGUGGUUCACGAUCUGGAGAGACAGGAGCGCCUGGCCAACAACCUCGUGUGA